GCCUGCACGCAUCGCGCUGCUGACCGUCUUUUGUUAUAAACGCUCGUUAGCGACACUGCUAGGCUAUAAUUGCUACACCCCACAUUGCUAGCGCUUACCUGAGGACCGCUCUCCGCCAUGCACUUCCGGCUAUUCUCUCUGAUUCCCCCCAGCGUUCUGAGUUUCUUGCUUGCUUGGUAUCUCAUACCAUUUGCGAAGGCAGAUUAUUGGGCCGUGAACUCGCCGACAACAGGCGUAGAAUGGGUCAACGGCCAGACGAACCUCCUAUCAUGGACAAAGGGCUUGUUGGACGGCAUCGACGAGUUUGAUGUCGAGAUGCAGCGAUUGAGUGUAGCAGGGCUCACAUACAUCGCACACAACGUACCUGCCUCGAUGAGCAGCCUGAAUGUCUACCUGCAAAAUGUUCCCGCUGCGGACGACUACUAUGUUAUGUUUGUCAACUCGAGCCACGGCAUCCUCUACGCCUCGUCUCCGUCUUUUGCGAUCGCCAACACGAGCAACGGGAGUACGACGACGCCGGCGUCAGGCGUGCCCACCGUCACCAUCUCUGGUGCGCCGAACCCCACAGAUCUGUUUGCGACGACAUUCGCAGGGUCGAGCAGCGGCGGGACCGGGUGGCGCGCGGUGCAGGACUCCUCGCUGCAGAUCAUGGCGGUGCUCAGUGCGAUGGCGAUGUGCGUUCUCGGCGGGGUGUUGACGGUGCUAUAGUACGGCGCGCACGCCGUGACACUACCCGUGUUGCGAGUGAUUGCUGUAGCGUUGUAUGGCCCAGUGUGUCUUUGGAGGCGGGUGGGUUGUGCUAUUCUUGUGUUUUUCUGUGGCCGGGCAUCUUAUGGAAUGUUACUACUAACGGACGCAUGGUACUGUACUCACACCGGAUGUCGCACAUGAUACCUGCGUAUACUAGUCCUGCUUCUAUCAUACAGGGGCCGAUAUCCUUGCUAUAGACGAUUCCUUAUGCGACUUUGGUGCUAUAGAGGCUGUUCGUUUACCAUUCA